UUUGUUUACUCAUGUUCUCUACUGAAACAUUUUGAAAAAAAACCGAACGCAACAACAAAAUCUGAAUAUUUUCUCCAAGGAUUACGUUUUGUCCGUGUGUGUUUCAUUGAAUCUAAAACAGUCAUGGGUGGCUCUUGGAGGAGUCGCAGUUCUUUGAUUUUAUUAGCAAUCGUAUUAUGUGGAUGCUUGUCUGCAUUUACCAUUGCUAAAGAGGAAGCAUCCAAGUUGGGAACUGUUAUUGGAAUAGAUCUUGGUACAACUUAUUCCUGUGUUGGUGUUUACAAAAAUGGCCAUGUUGAAAUUAUAGCAAAUGAUCAAGGAAACAGGAUUACUCCAUCAUGGGUUUCAUUCAACGAUGACGAGAGACUUAUUGGUGAGGCUGCAAAGAAUCUUGCAGCUGUUAAUCCCGAGAGGACCAUCUUUGAUGUCAAAAGGCUUAUCGGAAGAAAGUUUGAUGACAAAGAGGUGCAAAAGGACAUGAAACUUGUUCCAUAUAAAAUUGUGAACAAGGAUGGAAAGCCUUACAUCCAGGUUAAGGUUAAGGAUGGAGAGACAAAGGUCUUCAGUCCCGAGGAGAUUAGUGCUAUGAUUCUAACUAAGAUGAAAGAAACCGCCGAAGCAUUCCUUGGGAAGAAAAUUAAGGAUGCUGUUGUUACCGUCCCUGCAUACUUUAAUGAUGCCCAGAGGCAAGCAACUAAAGAUGCCGGCGUUAUCGCUGGACUUAAUGUUGCUAGAAUUAUCAAUGAACCAACCGCUGCCGCUAUCGCCUAUGGUUUGGACAAGAAGGGUGGCGAGAAGAACAUCCUUGUCUUUGAUCUUGGUGGUGGAACUUUUGAUGUCAGUAUCUUGACAAUUGACAAUGGAGUAUUUGAGGUUUUGGCCACAAAUGGAGACACUCAUUUGGGAGGAGAGGACUUUGACCACAGAAUAAUGGAUUACUUCAUCAAAUUGAUCAAGAAGAAGCACAGCAAGGACAUCAGCAAGGACAACAGGGCUCUUGGAAAAUUGAGAAGGGAGUGUGAACGUGCCAAGAGAGCUUUGAGUAACCAGCACCAGGUCCGAGUUGAGAUUGAGUCCCUAUACGAUGGCUUAGAUUUCUCUGAACCACUUACCCGAGCUAGAUUUGAGGAGUUGAACAAUGAUCUAUUCAGAAAGACCAUGGGACCUGUAAAGAAGGCAAUGGACGAUGCUGGCUUACAGAAAAACCAGAUCGACGAGAUUGUUCUUGUUGGUGGUAGUACGAGAAUUCCCAAGGUUCAACAACUCCUAAAAGAUUUCUUUGACGGUAAAGAACCCAACAAGGGAGUUAACCCAGAUGAAGCUGUUGCUUAUGGUGCUGCUGUACAAGGAAGUAUCUUGAGUGGAGAAGGUGGUGAAGAAACCAAAGACAUUCUUCUGUUGGAUGUUGCACCCCUCACCCUUGGUAUUGAAACUGUCGGUGGAGUUAUGACCAAGUUGAUUCCAAGGAACACAGUUAUCCCUACCAAGAAAUCUCAAGUUUUCACCACUUACCAGGAUCAACAAACUACUGUCUCUAUCAAGGUUUAUGAAGGUGAAAGGAGUCUCACAAAGGACUGUAGGGAGCUUGGAAAAUUUGACCUUACUGGAAUUCCUCCAGCUCCAAGGGGAACCCCUCAAAUUGAAGUAACAUUUGAGGUUGACGCUAAUGGUAUCCUAAACGUUAAGGCUGAAGACAAGGGGACUGGGCGUGCAGAGAAGAUCACCAUCACAAAUGACAAAGGUCGUUUGAGCCAGGAGGAAAUUGAACGUAUGGUUAAGGAAGCAGAGGAGUUUGCCGAAGAAGACAAGAAGGUCAAAGAGAAGAUUGAUGCGCGUAACGGUUUAGAAACCUACAUUUACAACAUGAAGAACCAAAUCGGUGACAAGGACAAACUUGCAGAAAAGUUGGAAUCUGAAGAGAAAGAGAAGAUUGAAGCUGCUGUGAAGGAAGCACUUGAAUGGCUCGACGAGAACCAGAGUGCUGAAAAGGAGGAUUAUGAUGAGAAGCUCAAGGAGGUCGAGGCUGUCUGUAACCCUAUCAUCACCGCUGUUUACCAAAGAUCUGGUGGACCUUCUGGUGGAGCUGCAUCAGAAGAUGCAGAAGAUGAUGAUUCACACGAUGAGCUUUGAAGAGAUGAAUGUUUUAAACUUCUACGGAACCGUGACAGGAUUUUCUGAGAUAAGAAGAGAACCAUAGUGAAUAGUUAGAACUGGGAAAUGAUUCCUCUUCUCAGUAAAAUAUUUUGACUAAUGCAGGGAAAAUUUAGUUAGAGAAACUGUCAACCGCCAAUACUGAACCCUUAUGGUUUGAAUCGUGAAUCUCUCUCCUUUCCUUUUCUUCUCGGAGAUGAAGAGAGUAUAAUCUACACAUUUUGUUGUUUACGAAAGGAAAAACUUUUUUUCUUUUUGCCAAGUACUAAUCUUGCCUAGCGUUUUUAGGGGCCACUCAAAA